UAGAGCAAUUAGUUAAUCUGCUGAGGCCUGCGACAUGGCGCGCGGUAUAUAAGCUGGCUCGAGAUAAACUGUGCUCAGUCCAGCAUGCUGUGGGCAGUGGUGUGCAUCGUUGGCCUUGUGGCUACAGGCAGUGUUCGCUGCCAAGAUGAAGAACUGCAGCCAGUUCUCAAGUACUACCAAGGUUCAUCAAUAGAAUCUGGGCUUGUGGCAGAUGCUGAUGGUUUCCACCUAAACAAUAAGAAUCUCACUAUAUUCAGUGGUGCACUUCAUUAUUUCAGAGUGCAUCCUUCCUACUGGGAAGAUCGCAUAGCCAAGAUUAGUGCUUUGGGACUUGUUGCGGUUGAGACAUAUGUACCAUGGAACUUACAUGAGCCUGAGGAAGGUGUUUACGACUUUGGAGAUGGAGACCAAGAAUUCUCUGCCUUUUUGAACCUAGAUUUAUUCAUUCAAAAGGUGUACGAAGCUAAUCUUCUAAUGUUGAUAAGGCCUGGACCUUACAUUUGUGCAGAAUGGGAAUUUGGUGGCUUACCAAGCUGGCUGCUCAGAACAUCUGGUAUCAAAGUACGAACUUCUGAUGAAAAAUACACUUCAAAAGUAAAAGCAUACUAUGAUAAACUACUGCCAAUUAUAGCAAAAUGGCAGUUUAUAAAAGGUGGACCUAUCAUUGCAGUUCAGUUGGAGAAUGAAUAUGGCUCAACUGGUGUCGUUGACAAAGAGUACCUGACAUUUUUACGUGAUCUUUACCUCAGUCAUGGAAUUGAAGGAUUAUUUUACACAUCUGAUUCUCCUCUUAGCAGUGGUGAUCGUGGGUCUUUGGAAGGAGCUUUACAGACUGCAAACUUCCAAGUCAAUCCAGAGGAUCAGCUGAACAGGCUAAAGGAAUUACAACCAGAUAAACCAGCAAUGGUCAUGGAAUAUUGGUCAGGAUGGUUUGAUCACUGGAUGGAGAGCAGUCACUCAACUACAUCGGUUGAAAGUUUCCGUGAUGUCUUGGAGAGGAUAAUAACAUUUCCGGCAUCUUUUAACCUCUACAUGUUUCAUGGAGGCACAAGCUUUGGAUUCAUGAAUGGAGCAAACAUUGCAGAUACAUUCCCAACUUAUACUCCAGAUGUUACUAGCUAUGAUUAUGAUGCACCACUUUCAGAGGCAGGAGAUUACACAGAAAAGUACACAGCAGUAAAAGAGCUUUUGGAGCAAUACGCUCCCAGACAAUUCCUCAAGGCAGAUGCUCCAAAAGAGAGUGAUAAAGUGGCCUACGCUGAUGUUCCUCUUCUUGGACAGCUGACUUUAGAUGAAAUUGUUGCACAAGUGGAUGCAGGAGACUGGGUUAAUUCAACAGAGAUUCUGCCAAUGGAAUAUCUUGAUAUCAACAAUGGCAAUGGCCAAAGUUAUGGGUUUGUGCUUUAUCGAAAGACUGGCGUAACAAUUGGAGAAAGCUCAGUCUUACAAAUUAUUGGACGUGUCCGAGAUCUUGCUAUAGUGCUUAUAGAUGGAGAAAGCAAAACUGACCCUCUUACCUCAGUUAUACAGUUAGAGGGAUUUGGUUUUUGGGAACAGAGUAAUGCCAGCACAACACUGAAUGCAGAUGGCAGUGUGCCACACACACUGGAUAUACUGGUUGAGAACUGGGGACGAAACAAUUUUGGAAGUCUUCUCAAUGACAAGGAUUUUGAUCAGCGGAAAGGAAUUGUGUCAGGACCUGUACUGGUUAAUGGGACAGCUCUUUCAGACUGGCAAAUAUUUGCUCUUCAAUUCAAGAAGAAAUGGUUACAGAGACUGACUGGAUGGCAACCAAUAAGUGAAGAAUCAGUUCGUGGACCUGUACUGAUUCGUGCCACCUUCAAUGUUGAUUCUACACCACAAGACACUUUCAUUGAUAUGAGUGCCUGGGGGAAAGGAUCAGUCUUCCUGAAUGGCUUCCCUCUUGGCCGCUACUUCAAUCUUGGCCCCCAGAGAACGUUAUAUGUGCCUGCUCCAUUGCUUAUCCAGGGGGAAAAUGAGAUACUCAUAUUUGAACUUUAUACAUCAGCUUCAAAAGUUGUCUUCAGUGAUGUGCCCAUUCUGGGAUGAAACAGAACCAGACAAUAAGGUUAAUGUAUAACAGGCAGAAUAAUUUUCUAAUCUUUGUAUCUGCAAGGGAAACUUUUUCUGUUAAUAAGCGUCAACAGAAAUUACAUUACGAAGUUCAAAUUUUUGUCACAGUUAUUAUGGUAUAACAUGACAUUAUAAUUAUUGUGAAAUGUGAUUUAUUUUUCCCUAAACUUAGAAUUUUUAAAUAAUUUUAUUUGCUACACACGGGACAUGACAAGUUUUAAUGAAAAAGAAUGAAA